AUGCUGAGUCUGCAAAGAGUUUGCCUUACACUGCUGCUCCUGGUAUCCCUUUACCAUCACCUGGUUGCAGGCCAGAAGUCGCAGUCAGAGCUGGAUUUGGAGCGAGACCGAGAGCGGGAAAAGCGCGGCACAGUCACCAUAGACUUCGGCUUGUUGUUGCGCAACCUCCUCCAAAAGAGCGCCCAACUGUCUAGUGCGAAGGUAGACAUAACAAAAACUAUUCUCGCCGCCAAGACAACGAGACGUCCAGCGAGAACAACCACAACGACAACCACUCCAGCCCCGCCACCACCGCCACCACUCCCACCCAGACGCCGACCACCCAUUUAUGGAGGCGGCUGGCGGCCAUAUGACUUCCACAAAUCGGGCUACCUACCCUUCGUUUACGAUGCAGACUACAGCGACCCACCACCUCCUGUUGCUGCGUCGACGCCUAGACGUGUGCGGCCAUUUCCACGUCCAUUGAGCACGUACUACGCUCAAAAGUUGGCACCCCCCACACCCCAGGACUAUGACUAUGACUAUGAUGGUGGGUCCGCUCCACCUCAGGCAUCACCACCACCACCUCCGCCGCCGCCACGACGUCCACCAGCGCAGGCACAGCAACAAGCACGCCGCUCGCAGCCGCCAGCACAGCUUAGUGACCAGCUCGUCUAUCAGUACGCACAGCCUAGUGAUACCUCCUUUAAGCAAAAUACAGAUAGACAAGAGAGGGGAGGAGGGGAACGGGUGGCGGAGCGCAAAUACGAAGAAGCUACUGAUGCUAACACGACAGCAAUCGAAGAUAAUUUCAGUCCGUCAGACAAUGGAAAUAAUGUCGAUGACAAUGGUGAGGGGGGUGCCGGGACGGUGCCCGGAAGUUCAUCACGGUUUUGGGUUAACUAUCCAGACAAUCCUGAAGAGGCGAUACCAACUACACAGGAAAAGCUACCAGCCAGCAAUUACUAUUUUGGCAUUCCUGGACCUUCAGCAUAUUUAAAUUUCCUCGCAACUGCUCCAAAUAAGGAUAGCCAAACUUACGGGGCACAAGGACAUUUGCACUACUUUCAACAUGAAACCAUCUGA